CCAACACCACUCCACAGUCUAACUCGUUUCUCAUUUUAACUUUAUUUAUACAUCUUUUGAUCUCAUCUUCUUUCUCUUCAACACAUAGAUAGAUCUCUUCCAAUACUAAAUCGUGUAGCAAACAUCUUCAUCCAUCCUAUUUUACACAACAGCAAGAAAAAUAAAAGUAAAAUAGUAACUAAAUUUUCUGCUACUUCAGCAAAUUACUAUAUCCGAAACAAAAAUCUUACUAUAUCCAAUAUAAUGGGACUUCUCGACAAACUAUGGGAUGAAACUCUAGCUGGUCCAACGCCGGACUCCGGCCUCGGCAAACUUCGCAAAUACAACUCUUUCUCCGCCAGAUCUAGCGCCGCGCCGCCGUCGGAUCCGGUGCCUCCGCCCCCGAUCAACAAGGUUUCUCCGAGCAUCCCCGUUCCUGGAAGCGGAAUUAAUAAUUAUCGCAAUCUCACCGUUUCCGUGGAUUCGCCGUCGCUUCCGUCGUCGCCGUCGUGCUCCAGCACUCCGACCUCGCCCUUUACGCCAAAUACGCCUGGGGCUGCGGGGAAUUUUAAGAAGUUGACGAGGAGAAAAUCGGCAACUGCUGCUGUGCAAAACUCUGUGGCCAAGUCUCCAACUGGUUAUGAUUGGAUUGUGCUGAGUGCUUUGGAUCGUUAAAUAUGAGCAUGUUGAUUUUGAUCCUUUGGUGGCGUGGCGGCUUUGUGGAUAAGAUCGAUCUUUUGCGGGAGAGUUUGUCGGAUCAAAUACUCCAUGUUUUUCUAAGAUUCCCCUUUUGUGUGCAUAUUACCCAAUAAAAAAGGUUUUCUUGCUUAACUUAAACUUGUGGGUUAUUCAGUUUUAAACUCAAAUAGUACUACGACUGAUAUUUGGGUGCUUUUAUGUCAUGUAAACAUGCCACUUUCAAUAGAUAUGUGGAUGAUGCCUGUUACAUCUUUAGUUA